ACACACGCGUGCGCGUACUUGCUGAAUGUGCGGCCUACAAUUGCUCACAAUUAUUCACGGCUUUUUCCAUGUCGAAUAAUUUCUCAGCCGCAAAAUUGUGCGAGUGAAAAUGAGUUCGUGUUGUAAAAUGCAUUGAGCCAAUUGACGCGACAGCGCGAUUAUUAAUGCAUCAAUCAUGUUAUAAACAUCAAUCAAUUAUUCCUGAUCGUAUGAAGAGGCGACUAUCGAGAAGGAAAUUUCAGAAUAAAUUGUCUCUAUUACAUCACUAUUUGACGAAAUUUUGAGCGUUAAUGCUCAUAAUAUACCGAUGAGAUAUGCGGCAUCAGGUUGGAGCAAAUUCUCCGCGAAUCUACCUGCUUAAUUCAUCUACUGGUACAAACUACAAUAUCUGCGCUCGCCCGAGAAAUGUCCGCGGUAGAGGCAACACCGUUUAUUCGCACCAUCGAGUGGGACAUGAUGGACAAAACCAAAUUCUUUCCACUCAGCAUGCUGUCCUCGUUCUCAGUCAGAUGCUGUCUAUAUCCUUUGACAGUGAUCAAGACUCGGCUUCAAGUGCAAAGACAAAAUCACAUGUAUAAUGGUAUGAUAGAUGCGUGUAGAAAAAUUUACAAAGUCGAAGGCAUCACCGGUCUUUACAGAGGUUUCUGGAUAAGUUCCAUUCAAAUUGUCUCUGGAGUGUUUUACGUAUCCACAUACGAGGGUGUACGUCAUUUGCUCACGCAGGAUACACCCGUCGGACGUGUUGAUUCUAAAGUUAAAGCAUUGAUCGCCGGUGGUGCCGCCAGUUUAGUCGGACAAACGAUCGUGGUCCCUUUCGACGUUCUCAGUCAACAUUUAAUGGUUCUCGGAAUCAAUAGCACUAAACAUGGCAGAGUGUAUAUGGAUAAAAUGGGAAUGAACCCGUUGGGUUUGACCUUUGAACCUGGAAAAACCCGUGCGCAAAUCUCCGCCGAAAUAAUAAGAUUAAUUUAUCAGAGAGACGGUUAUCGCGGCUUCUACCGAGGAUACAUGGCGUCUUUGUGCGCAUAUGUACCCAACAGCGCCCUUUGGUGGGGAUUGUACACGGUUUAUCAGGAUGAACUUAUAAAGCUGCUCCCGGGAUGGUUUUCGCAUCUAUGUAUACAGGCGAUGGCGGGCACCCUAGGAGGUUUUACGACUACGAUCAUUACAAACCCCCUGGAUAUCGUAAGGGCGAGAUUGCAGGUGCAACGGUUAGAUAGCAUGUUUAGUGCGUUCAGAAUACUGUGGAUCGAGGAAGGACUGCUUAUGUUCACCAAAGGACUCUCCGCGAGGCUUGUACAAUCCGCGUGCUUCAGUUUUUCUAUAAUCCUAGGAUACGAGACCAUCAAGAGAGUGAGCAUAACGGAGGAAUACAAGAAUUACAUUCGAUGGUGAGAGCUCCAGAGUUACUAUUAAUUUUACACGGAUGGAAUGGCGUGCAUUUCAUUCGCAAUUUUUAUACCACGACGCGCAACAUGUGUGUUACUUUUUACACAUUAAAAAAGUGUAGCCAUAAUUCAAUCAGCACAUUAUUGAUAAUAAAAAUAUCCUAUUAAAAAAAUCAGACUCGCGUAGAACAAAAUAAGGCUAUGCAAAUAAUGCAAAUCAUGUUCUUUGUAUUAUUAAGAUACGUAUUAUUAAGUAUCGAUCGUUUUUAUGUAGCGAUCGAAGAAGUUACGUUUCGUUAUAUUUGAAGAAAUAAACUUGUACAGUCAUGUGCGUACGUUUCACGUCAUUGUUCAAACUCACGUACUACAAUUUGAUAUAUAUUAUAAUUUCAUAGAAAAAGAAACUUCGAAAAAAUAUACUUUGGUAAAAUAAUGCCUCCGAAUCUAACAAAAUUCUGCGAAACAGGCGUUAUUUAUGUAAGUGUAAUGAAGCGCAUUUUGUAUCGCGCUACGUUAUGUAUCAGAUGGAGUACAAAACUUUGUAACAUAUGUUAGAUAUGUUACUGUGAUACAAAUAUAAUAAAUAUGCUCCUAUUCGUGUUUUAAAUACGGCUUGUAUAUUAGAUAUGUGUUUGUGCUUAUAUCGCGUUGCGUGCGAGAUAUGUUAAUAAUAUUAUAUGUAAAGAUAACAGAGAGAGAAUCCUAGUCAAAUGGGCAUGUAAUAUAUGCGCACGUAUAUACAUACAUAUAUAAUAUAUCGGCCGUCUUAAAGAUAUGAAUUUAGAAUAUAAUAAAUAAAUUAAAUAGAUUACUAGCGCAGAGAGAUAAAAAAAACUGAUAGAAGAUGUGUAUACUAUAAAGAAAUUCAAGACACAAGAUUAUUUAAUACCUCCAUCCACAUACUGUUUAUGUAUAUACAGAAAAUUGAGAUUCCCGAUAAAUUUUAAGAGGAUGAAUAAAUUUUAUCAUCUACAUUAAAUCGCAAACAGUUGCUCAUUUCCUACUUGAUAACGGACCGUUUUAUAAUAUCUUAUGAUUCCAAAGCGUGUGCGUUUUUUUUACUCGAAUAUAAAUAGUUUCAAUUUGAUUACCGCGCGCGAUACCGACUAAAAAUUGGCUCCUCUCACGAUGUGAACGCAACCGAGCAAAUUAGCGCAUCGCUUUGAAAUUAACUCGCCCGAUAUGUAAAUCAGAGGUUGAACGAACCUACGAGGAUAGACAAAGAGCAAGGCACGUUCCCGAGUUUCUAUUCUACGAGUCAACGAUGCAUCGAUUGGUAUGCACCGCGGAGUAGAUCAAUCUGACAUCUCCUGCCGAUGACUGGGCGCCAGAUUGGCGCUGCGAUUUUUCCUAUGCCGGCAUCGUUGCCGCUGCCUAAGGAUGCAUGAAUUAUUCCAGGGCCGAGCUAACGCCUGUCGGUCGAUUAAUCGAAUCCAAGCGAAGCGGCCUUCGCGCGAACGAUGUAAAAGUUAUAAUUGCAUAAUUGCACAUGCAAAUGCGCGUCACGUCGAACGUUAAAUGUCAGAGACUCAAAUACGGUUCAAGUAUUCUGCGAUUCUCGUUAUCCCUUUGAGACUAUAAUCAAUCGCAUUGUAUGUAUAUUUGCCAAGUAU